UCGACAGAACAGGAAGAGACGUUAACUGGCCGUCUGCCAGGUAAAUAUUCAACAGAGGAUGCUAGCCUUGCCCAUGUCUGACACGACAAAAGGACAGCAACUCCUGAAUAACUGGAGCAAAGAUGAAACCACAUGCUUUAUCGAGGACAUUAAGUUUUAGACAUCACACUGAGAGCCUGUAGCCAUGGAUGGGCAUGUUUCCAAAAACAAUGAAAGCACUUUCCCCAGCUUUGUGGAUCUGGAUGAUUUUCUUACCAAGCACAACUCGAACUUCAUCUGGCUCCUCGUUGCUACCAUUCUGUCCUGUGGAUGGAUCAUCUAUUUAACUUAUUACAACUCCCGCAACAUUGGCCUCAUCCUCACCCUCAUCAUCAACAGACUCUACAAGGAUGGCUACAUUCAUAUUGGCUCCUUCUCCUUCUCUGUACUGUCGGGCAAAGUCAUGUUCAGAGAUGUUUACUACAUCAACCAGGACAUGUCUAUCAGGAUACAGGAUGGCUUCCUCAUAUUUCGUUGGUGGAAAAUGUAUAACCCGAAACAGAAACAGCAUGACCCCAAGGCAGAGACCAGGCUUUACGUGACAGUUAACGGUUUUGAAUUUCACGUCUACAACCGGACCGACCUCUACGCCCGACUGCAAGAGACCUUCGGACUGGAACCCACUCUCACAACACCCAAAAAAGAUGAAGAGAGGGGACGAGAGGACAGAAACAAGACCCUAGAAAGUGUCAAUAUCAAAGCAGAGAGUCCAGACCCCACGUCAUCUUGGCGCUCCCUCAUUCCUGUCAUCAAAGUUAACAUCAGCACUGGUCGUCUGGCAUUUGGGAACCACUACCUUCCCCAAACUCUGUGCGUGAACUUUGAAGAUGCCUUCCUGACGUACGCAACAAAGCCUCCAUCCAGCCACCUGGACCAGUACAUGCACAUUGUCAAAGGCUCGCUGGAGAACGUGCGCGUCAUGCUGGUUCCCAGUCCACGCUACCUUGGCAUGCAGAAUGAUGAACCUCCCAGACUGAUGGGUGAAGGCUUUGUUGUCAUGCAGUCCAACGAUGUUGACAUCUACUAUUACCAGGAUGAACCUGGUCUGGUGCCUGUGGAGCAGGAGAGUGGGGAGGAGGCAGAGACAUGCAGUGAGGGCGAUAAGCUUCAGGACCUGCCUCCAUGUUGGGGUCUGGACAUUGUCUGUGGAAAAGGAACUGAUUUUAACUAUGGCCCCUGGGCGGAUCGUCAGAGGGAUUGUCUGUGGAAGUUCUUCCUGCCGGCUGACUUCCAGGCCAUGAACGUGACCGAGGUUGCCCAGCCAGGAAAACCCAGGCAGAUCCAGGCCUUCGAGCUCCGCAUGAACAUCAUCGCUGACGCCACCAUCGAUUUGCUUUUUACCAAAAACAGGGAAACAAAUGCCAUCCAUGUGAAUGUAGGUGCCGGCUCUUACCUGGAAGUCAACAUCCCCAUGACUGUAGGAGAAAAUGGCUACUCUCCUACCAUCAAAGGCCAGCUGCUUCACGUGGACACCACCAGCAGCAUGCAGUACAGGACUCUUCUGGAGGCUGAGAUGCUGGCUUUUCACGUCAUAGCCAGCUACCCCCGGGUGUGGAACAUGCCUCAGUCGUGGCAGUGUGAGAUUGAGGUGUACAAGGCCACCUACCACUUCAUCUACGCCCAGAAAAACUUCUUCACUGAUCUGAUCCAGGACUGGGCGAGUGACAGCGCCCCAGACAUCUACUCCUUUGUGCCCUAUUCCUGGAAGUUCAAGAUCCUUUUCCACCAGUUUGAGAUGAUCUGGGCGGCGAACCAGCACAACUGGAUUGACUGUUCCACCAAGCAGCAGGAGAAUGUGUACCUGGCAGCAUGCGGCGAGACGCUCAAUAUAGACUUCACUUUGCCUUUCAAUGAGUUUGUUCCAACCAUCUGCCAUACCCGCUUCAGCUUGAAGGCGGAGGAUACAGACAUGCGACUGUCCCUGCCAGAGUGCCACCCAAGCCGCUACCCCCUCCUCACCCUGGCCAAACACUACCAGAACGUCAAGCUGCCCCCAGACAUGUUCAUGCCAGGGGAGAACCAAAGUGCCCCUCCCCCCAAGCCCACCAAGUCCCGCUGGAGGAACAUCACCCACGCAGAAGCCGGCUGGGUGGAUUGCUGGAGUGUGCCCAACUUCUUGCUCAUCAUUGAAUACACCUGGCACCCCAUUUAUCCCCAGAAGGCUGAUGAGCAACUCAAACAGUCGUUGUCCGAGAUGGAAGAAUCCAUGCUGUCAGCUCUGCGUCCCCCAGAACACACCUCGGUACCCCACAAUGCCCAGCCACGCUACACCUCCACGUCUGCUUCAGCUGCCCACACCCGGGUGCCCGCUGACCCCUCGGAGCUACCCCCCGACAGGCUUCACGUUGAGAUGGAGAUGUCCCCAGAUUCUCAAAUCAUCCUCUACGGGCCUUUGCUCCGAGCACUGAUUUCCAUCAAGGAAAAUUAUUUUGGCGAGGACGACAUGUACACAGACUUUGAGGAGGCAGUAUCCAGCCCUGUGUUGUCCACAUGCACCUCUUCGGGGCUCGGUUGGUCUCCUCUGGGGAUGGAAGACAGCGAACAGAAGGGAACCUCAGACAUCCAUCCACUGGACCUGCGCCCUUGGGACAUCACUGUGUACAUCAACCUCUACAAAGUCCAUGGCCGACUGCCAAUGCACUGCAGCAGCGAGGGUCCCGAAGGUCCAUCCGGCUUCCUGGAGCGGCUGUGUUUUGAGAUGAAAAAGGGUUACAAGGAGACGAUGCUUCAGCUGCUCCUGUCUCCCAUUCACAUCUUCCUCAGUGACAACUACCAGCGUCCCACAGCGGACGGGGUGUUGAGGGACGGCCACCUGAGUCUGUCUGGCCUGCAGAUGAGGGCCCAUGCCAUGUUCUCCGCUCAGGGUCUCCCCCUGGGAAGUGACACGCUGGAGUAUGCCUGGCUCAUCGACAUGCAGGCUGGGGGGCUCACCGGCAGGGUCACUCUUCCACAGGUGGCCAGUAUCAUAGAGUGGGCUGAGAAUUUUCUCUUCCACGGGGUUUCCAGAGAGUUCCAGCUGGAACAACCCAAGCCCUCCGUCAUCUGCCAGCAUGGCGCUGACCGUCGCAUCUGUGAUGCCAAGAUGAGCUGCCUGCCAGGUCACUGUCGCACAUCAGAGGAAGUGAAGUACACCAUGACCCGACUGGCCAUGGAUGGAGUUGACCUCUUCAUUGUGGAGCAUGGCUGUGCUGCUAACAUCAAGACGGCUAUCAUCCGCGUAGCCAACUGCAACCUCCACAACCAGGCAGUGGGGGAGGGCAUCAGCGCCGUGGUGCAAGACGUAAACAUCCGACAGUACAUUGAACAGCAGCAGCACAGCGAGGCGACCAGGCUACAGCCGGCCGGACAAGGUCAAGGUCCGGGUCAGCCGCUGGGUCUCGGUCAGCCCCCUUUGCUGCGACGCUCUGUCUGGCUGGAGGCAGGUUCGGUCAACCUGAACCUCAUCACAGCAGACAUUGCCCUGGCCGCUGACCACCCAGCCAAAUGUGAAGUUCAGCGGCAUUUUCUGGAGCUACAUGAUGCUCAGACCAAAAGACUCUGGUUUCUAUGGCCAGAAGAUGCUGGUAUUCGCAACAAGCGCAGCAGGAACCGUUGUGGCUGCCUUGGAGGCUGCAGGUUCUUUGGAGGUACGAACAUGGGGCUGGACUUCUUCAAGCUUGAAGAGCUGACACCCUCCUCCUCAUCGGCGUUCUCUUCUUCCAGCACUGAGUCAGACAUGUCUUAUGGGCAGUCUUUGCUACAGCCAGGGGAGUGGAUUAUUACCAAGGAAACACCCAAAGUGGAUGGGAGAGUUGUGGGACUGAAGACGGAUACACACUCGCCGUGCCUGCCUCCUGAGCUGCCUGAGAGGCGUGGUCAGCAACACCUCAGUCUUCAGGUGCCCCAACGCUCCCACAGCUCUGCCUCCUCCUCUGAAGAAAAUAGUUCCUCGAGUGCUGCUUUGCCCUUGCUGGCUGGAGAGAGGGACACUCCCUCACCAAGCACAGAGGAACGCAUGUUCCCCAUGAAUGGCAAAAGCCCUGCUGACACCCUAGGGGAGGUCCCAGAGGUCUCGCCAGUGUCACCCAACAGCUCCCAGGACCGGUCCUCAGUGCGCUCACCCCUUUGCUCCCCUCUCAAGCGCCAGUCCUCUGUCCACUCAGGUCGAUUGGGCAGCACCAAGAGCCUGUCAGCUGCCGUCUUCACCGACAAGCCUCCGCCAGUUCUGUCUGGAGGCGUCCAGUUCAGCAGCGAGGUUUCCCGCAGUGACGAAAAUGUCCUGGAUUCGCCGCGUCAGCGCAGGAGCUAUGGCUCGUUUCCCUUUACACCUUCUGCGGACUCUAACACGUUCCAUCAGUACCGCUCUGCAGACUCCAGCAUGUCUGUGGCCGACAGCGAGGCCUAUUUCUCUGCUGCUGAGGACUUUGAGCCAAUCAGCAGCGCCGAUGAGGGUCCAGGAACAUACCCAGGCCGCAAGAAGAAGAGGAGGCAGCAGAUGCAGCAGCCACAGCAGCCCCCAUAUCACAUGGAGAACUACAGCCGGAGCUCCAUCUACCACAGUGUCGAGGGUCCCCUCACCUACGUUCUCAAUGGGGAGCUGAUCACUGAGCCACGUCCCCUGCCCCUGCCCCCAAUGCUCCCGCCGUUGCCGCAACAGCCCCUACCCAGCCACACGUCUCAGGCCUCCUUCGUCUCGGCCCUGGCCAUGGAGGAGGAGAGCUCAGUGGAGGCGGAGAAGACAGCUGAACCUGGCCCUGUGACCCGCCAGCCCCACGUCAUGGCGUGCUACCAGAGCUACCUAGCCCACUACCAGGUCUCAAAUUGGUCUGUCAAGCAGCCAACCAAUAAGAGGACCUCCAAGUCUUCUCUGCAUCGCCCCCUAGAUUUGGACACGCCCACCAGCGAGGAAAGCUCUGGCUCCUUUGACCAGCUCUCUGUCCCAAGCUUUAAGGUGAUAAAGCAGGGCCUCUCAGCCAGCUCUCUACUGGACAGGGGAGUUCAACUGAUGGGAGAGAGCAACAGUACACCAUAUACCCCACUGGAUAAGCGGGCGAUGGAGAACACAGAUGAGGAGACGACGACAGAUGACUGGACUCUGGAGCAGCCUUUAGCUCAGACCAGGACCACUGCCAUCGUGGAGGUGAAGGGAGCCAUCAAUGUUGUGCUCACGCCCCUUGUGGCCGAAUCCCUGGACAGGUACAUCGAGUCCAUGGUCCACUUUGCCAGUAUCCGUCAUCCUGCUGCCAUUCUGGAUGACCUGCAUGGGAAAGUCCUCAAUGAAGCCUAUCAGAUCAGCAAGUCCACAGUCACUGAGUCUAGCCAAACAGCCAAGCAGGAGCACAAGCUGUCCAAGACGGAGGGCACGACCCCUGGCUCCCUCAACAUCUCCCAUGGCCAGACAGACCUGUCCGUCAAACCGGAUAAUGUGAAAAUCAAGGGCCUCCAAGCCAACGUCUCUAUCCCCAAGGUGAACCUAUGCCUCCUGCAAGCUUCUGUAGAGGAGGGCUCACCGUCCUGCUCCAAUAAGUGCGUCACACAUGUGUCUCUUGUGGCGUUGUGCUUCGACAGGAUUGCCACCCAGUUCAGAAUGAACAGGGGUAUUGUAGAGGAGACACCCAACACCACAGAACAUGGCCGGCCAUCGGUCAUGUUAGAGAAGUACGCCUCGGCCACCAAGAUGCAGCCUCAGUCUUCUGGCUCGCUGCGCUCCAACGCCGGCAUUGAGAAAGGCAAAGAGAUCGCCGCCAGGCUCAACAUCCACCGCAUCCACAGCCAGCUGCGAGGCCUCGACUCCACAGACAUUGGCACGUGUGCCAUCACAGCAAUCCCUUUUGAGAAGUCCAAAGUGCUGUUUGGCCUAGAGGAACUGGAAGAGUUUUCACUGGUGGAUGAAACCGAUGCCCAGGCCACAGCGGGCGAUCUCGGCCGUUCCACGGCGUCUCUGGAGAAAUGGGGCUGGAUUAUGUUUGAAUGUGGCAUUGAGAACCUCACAGUCAAAGGGGGCCGUCAGUCAGGAGCCAUCCUUUAUAAUUCAUUUGGUGUGAUGGGACGUUCAGACACUGGGGGGAAGACGGGUAUGUCUAAGUCCAAUGGCUCGACAGGCUCUCAGACAGGCAGUGGUUACAGCACCGACGUCUCUGAUGACAACCUCCCGCACGAUGCUAUCAGCCCUUCCUCCGAUGUGAAUGAACACUCGGACUCAGACGACCAGGAUGAAGGGGUGGAGUCAGACGACCUGAAGAAAGACCUCCCCCUCAUGCCCCCGCCUCCUGACUCCAGCAGCAUGAAACUAACCAUCAGGGAAAUCUGGUUCAGUUUUGCUGCUCCCACUAAUGUGCGUUCACCUUCACAGGCCAUCUCCAGGCAGUUAAAUCUUCUCAGCACAGCCACACCUGCUAUUGGAGCCUGGUUGGUUCCAAUCGACCAGCUCAAAUCUUCUCUACGCAAACUGGACAUGGAGGGCACACUGCGAGUGUGUGCUGUUAUGGGCUGCAUCAUGACGGAAGCUCUGGAGAAAAAGAGCAUCCACAUCCCCAUCCGGAGCAAGUACAACCGAGUGACCAAACGUGCUCGCUACCUGCAUGAGAAUCCCUCCUGUAUGCUUUGUAACAUCCUUCACCGCUAUCUGCAGCAAGCCGACUACUCAGUUAUAGAGGAGGCUACCAUGAAUGACGGCGUUCCAGCACUUGUGACUCUCAAGAAAGGCCUGGUAGCUUUGGCCAGACAGUGGAUGAAAUUCAUUGUGGUAACUCAGGGCUUCAAAGCUAUUGGUCUGAUGAGGCCCAACCAGCUCACCAAACCCAAGGAGCCUCAGCAGAGUCUGGGUGAGACCAUCUUAGGCCUGGACAACGGCGCUGCACUGCAGAGUGACACCAGCGCCGAUGGAGCUGAAUUUGAAUUUGACGCAGCCACAGUGAGUGAACACACCAUGUUGCUGGAGGGAGCAUGCAGUCGCCCCCCGCCUAAAGAAGCGAACUCGGGUCCUGUCAGCGGAGUGGAGAUCAUGAGGAAACUGUCCAAGUCCCACACUCACAAUGAGUCUGCACUCAGGAUAAAGGGCUCCCAUCCAUACCAGUCGCUGAGCUACACCAGCGGUGACACGGCAGCUGACUCACCGGCCCAUGUGAGCCGCGCAGGCAUGCCAGCCAAGGACAGUCCCAGGAAGGAGAGCCUCCUGAGCAAUCUGACAGGCAGCUUUCGGAGUCUGCACAACCUGCUCGAGGGCAUGCCCCAGAGGAACGAACCGUCUGCUGCCACUGCCGCCAAGAGCAGCUCCCUAACUCGCACAGGAAACAGCUUAGGGACAGACAUGCUGACCGAGCACCCGCUGCUGUCAGAGCCCUCCUCCGUCAGCUUUUACAACUGGAUGUCCAACGCUGUGGGCAACAGGACGGGGGCUGGAACCCAGGACUCCCCGGUUAACCGCUCCCAGCACAACAGCCUGCAGACAGGUGGGACGUGUAACUUGCCCACGAUCCCCUCAGCGUCAGACUUCAACACGGUGCUGUCCAGUGACCAGAACACCCUGGACGGGACCCACUCCCAGCACUCCCAGCAUAGCACCAGCCAGGACGACAUGGCUGACAUCGAGGAGGGAAACCUGUGUCCAGCUGCUGUUCAACUCGCUGACGCUCAGGUUGUUUUCAAGCCUUUGCUGAGCUACACAGGCAUCCAGGCCCAAGACACCACUCCUCUUAGUUACAAAAUGUAUUUUGGAGAGCACCUGUCUUUUUCUGGCAAUCUGGAGUGUCUCAGAGCGGACAUCGUCGACUCUGACACCUCCAAAGAGCGGAAGAACAAAAGAUCCAGGAGACAAGGCAUGGUGAACCUCCCUCCGCUGGAGUUCAAGCCAGCGCUGCUGAUUGAGACAUUCAGCCUGAAUGCAGUGGUGAUGGAGAAGUCAACCAGCGCUCCGCAGGGCCCCACUGCAGCUCCGCUCUCCUUCCACGACCUCAACCGCCGCCACUACAACACUUUCCACUGUGAUUUCACCACAGCCUGCCAGGCCAUCAGCCAGCGCGUGGACAUGGCCCUUGUGCGCCUCAUCCACCAGUUCAGCACCAUGAUCGACGACAUCAAGGCCACACAGACCGACAUCAAGCUGAGCCGCUACACUGCUGGCUCUGCCUCACCGACGCCCACCUUCAAGGCCCGCCCAUACCGCCACUUCAGGUCCUCCGACUUCAGCCGCAGCUCCCGGGGAAGCCUCAACGGGGCGGGACGUAGUGGAACCCAAACCCUGAAGAGCAAGAGAGGGGUGGGUGGAGGGAGUGGCGCAGGUGGCGGAGGAGCGGGCGUCACUGGGGGUUUACCACCUAACGGACCUCCGUCAGGAAUGGACACGCUGGGGAGAAGAGAGCCUCGAGGACGCAGCUCCCUCGGGCGCUCUGAGCGACGUACUUCUAAGGUGUCAAGGAAGGGCUCCCGUGACGUGGCAGACCACAUGGCCAUCCAGAUGGACGACUCUGACUCCAUCACAGUGUCGGAGCAGAGCGAACCAUCGGCAGAAUGUUGGCAGAACAUGUACAAGCUGCUCAACUUCUACUCUCUCAUCUCCGAUCCCACUGGAAUCCUGGAGAAAAGCUCCCCAGAGAACUGCCUUUCAGAGGGUGGACGUCGGCCCUCAGAGCCGUUCUGCAAAGUAAUAUUUGAGAACGAGCAACAGGAGCCCGCCACGCCCAAUAAGCCCCCAGGCGCAGGCGGGCGGCGCCGGAGCCUGGUGAGCUCCGAGCCCCAGCACGUCACGCUUAUAGUGUUCGGAAUCGGCAUGGUGAACCGCACCCACCUGGAGGCCGACAUCGGCGGGCUGACCAUGGAGGCCGAGCUGAAGAAGAUCCAUGGAAGCUUCACCCUGAAGGAGAAGAUGAAAGACAUCCUGCACCAGAAAAUGACUGAGACGUGUGCAUCGGCUCAUAUAGGAGGGGUAAACAUUGUUCUACUGGAGGGCAUAACACCUGACAUCCAACUGGAGGAUUUCCCAACAUCUCCCACCAGCACAGCUAAACAAGAGUUUCUAACGGUGGUCAAAUGCAACAUUGCCAAGUCCCAGGCCUUGUACAGUGCCCAGCGAGGACUGAAGACCAACAACGCAGCUGUCUUCAAAGUGGGCGCCAUCAUGAUUAACAUCCCCCAGCACCCGGCUACUUUGCACAGCAUGAUGGUCCGCAGCUCCCACCAGCUCUCCAAACAAAUCUCUGACCUCAUUCGCCAGCCCUCCAAUGUUCAACCUCCGAAUAGGGAGGACACCCCCACCCCGCAACCCUCUGACAAAGCAUCCAGCAUCAAUCAGACCCCCGUAGAAGCCAAUGAGUUCCCUCAGCUUCCUGAAGGCCUGGAGAAGAAGCCCAUCGUCUUAAAGUUCAGCGCCAUGAUGGAUGGCAUCACCAUCGGGGCCGCCCUGCUACCCUCGCUGAAAGCAGAGUACAAAAUGGGACGCAUGAAGAGCCACGGCAUGACAGGGGCCCAAACCAGUUUUACCUUUGAGUUGCCAAACCACAAGCUUUGUUUCCAGUCAAAAGUGUCCCCAGUGGACAUGUCCACCAUGCCGCCAUCAGCAAGCCUCACCCUCCCUCCAGUCACCAUGUCAGGAGAGUACAUCAUGGAGGAGCAUGAGAGCCACUCAGACCAGGGCUGGGCACCUGACGAUUUUCCAGCAAAGCAAGGAAACUACCUGCAAGGCAACUACUUGCGCUGUGUGGCUGAGAUUGGUUCCUUUGAGCACAACCUGACCACAGACCUGCUCAACCACCUGGUCUUCCUGCAGAAGGUUUUCAUGAAGGAGGUGAACGAGGUCAUUCAGAAGGUCUCAGGAGGAGAACAACCCAUUCCACUGUGGAAUGAGCACGACACCUCAACAGAUGCAGACAAGCCAAAAAUCCUGCUUUACUCUCUCAGCCUCAUGUUCAAGGGAAUCCAGAUGACAGCCACCACUCCUUCGAUGCGAGCUGUGCGCUUCGAGACGGGCCUUAUUGAGCUGGAGCUCUCCAACAGGAUCCAGUGCAAGGCUCAGCCCGGCGGCAGCAGCAGUUACCUUAAGCUGUUCGGAAAAUGUCAAGUGGAUCUCAAUCUAGCUCUUGGACAGAUAGUCAAGCACCAAGUGUAUGAAGAAGCUGGCUCGGACUUCCACCAGGUGGCGUACUUCCGAACUCGGAUCGGCCUGCGGAAUGCUCUGCAGGAGGAGAUCAGUGGCUCGUCAGAUAAGGAGGCUGUCCUCAUCACGCUCAACAGGCCAAUUGUAUUCGCUCAGCCGGUGGCAUUUGACAGAGCUGUGCUCUUCUGGCUGAAUUACAAGGCGGCGUAUGACAACUGGAAUGAGCAGCGCUUGGCCCUGAAUAAGGACAUCCACAUGGCCACCAAAGAGGUGGUGGACAAGCUGCCAGGCAUCCAGCAGACCUCAGCCCAGGCCUUCAGCACCCUCUUCCUGCAGCUGACUGUCAACGACCUGGGCAUCUGCUUGCCCAUCACGAACGCAUCCCAGAGAGGACAAGUACCAGUUACGGAGGGCAUCAACUCUGAAGCUGGGGCCAGCACAUCAAUAGGCCGGCAAAAAAAUGCACGAAAAGCCAACCACAGCAUAGAUUUUGACACCGGCUCAGCUAUGGUCCUGACCAUUGAGAGCACACUGAUCACCGCCUGCUCCUCCGAGUCCCUGGUAAGCAAAGGCCACUUCAAGAAUUUCUGCAUCCGCUUUGCCGAAGGCUUCGAGACCUCCUGGGAUGACUGGAAGCCUGAAAUCCGAGGGGAUCUGGUCAUGAAUGCUUGUGUAGUCCCUGAUGGUACAUAUGAAGUUUGUUCCAGGACUACAGGGCAACCCUCUGCAGAGAGCAGUAGCGCUGGUACCUGGACUCUGAAUGUACUUUGGAAAAUGUGUGGUAUUGAUGUUCACAUGGAUCCCAACAUCGGCAAGCGCCUCAAUGCGCUGGGCAUAACGCUGACCUCACUGACAGGCGAGGAGGACGUUGAUGACAUCGCUGACCUAAAUUCUGUCAACAUGGCGGACCUUUCAGAUGAGGACGAAGCCGACACCAUGUCACCCACCAUCCACAUGGAGACCAUUGACCCCAGAAGGCAGAUGGUGAUGGGGAACCAAGUGAUUGACGCUCGCGGGAGGAAGUUCACCAAAAGGGUGGUGGACAUCAGAGAGCUAAACGAACAGGCCAAGGUCAUCGACGACCUCAAGAAACUGGGGGCCAGCGAAGGCACCAUCAACCAGGAGAUCCAGCGCUAUCAGCAGCUGGAGUCUGUGGCCGUCAACGACAUCAGGAGAGACGUCCGGAAGAAACUGCGUCGCUCCAGCAUGAGGGCCGCCUCUCUAAAGGAUAAGUGGGGUCUUGGCUACAAACCAAGCUACAACCGUUCCAAAAGCAUCUCGGCAGCGGCAGGCCGACCCCCUCUAAAGAGGAUGGAUAGACAGAGUUCCAGAAUAGGGGAUGUGGAUGAUUUGCCAGAUAUGCGUGUGGAUGCGUCCUCUCCUGGGCCCAGAGUCACCUUCAACAUCCAGGACACGAUAAAUAAUCAGGCACUGGACUCUGCACAUGUACCCACCAGUCCAGGAGAGGUAUUUAAGUUUCCUGAGGAGACAGAGGUGGACCUGUUGUCAGUCAUCAUUGAUGAGCCAUCCCAUCUUCAUCAUCACCAUCUUCUCCAUUCUCCAUCCGUUAUUGAGGGCCACCACUCGGCUUUCAGUGCCCCUGUCACGCCUGCUGUCUUCUCACCCAUGCUUCCCUUCCAGCACGACGGCAUUAGGAGUGACGACCUGUCCUCUUCCUCCUCCGAAGACUCCGAAAAGGAGGACGAGUUUGAACGCGAGAGACCACAGAGCUAUCGGAGGCCUUUCCAAGCGUCUCACAGGAAGUCCUCAGGGUUUUCUGCUGUGAGUCAGCUGUUCAGCGAGCGCUGGCCAAGCACACCUGCUGGCCGCAGCUUCAGUGGCCCGGCAACCGAAAGAAACAUCGACUUUGAGCUGGAUGUCCGUGUGGAGAUUGACAGCGGGAAGUGUGUCCUUCACCCCACCACUCAGCAACCAGAGCACGAGGACAUUUCCCUCCGGAGGAGCUGUGAGCGCAGUCUACGGAGUCUGGACCAGGAGUCUCCCCCCAAGAAAAAGAAGCUGCAGCCCACCUACACCUCCACCACCCAUCUCCUAGCUGGCAAGAAAUGUCCCGCCUCCCUGCAGACCAAAUCCAAUGACAUGGAGACCACAGUCUUCUACAUUCCAGGAGUAGACGUUAAAUUGCACUACAACUCCAAGACACUGAAGACCGAGUCGCCAAACGCCUCGCGUGGAUCCUCUCUCCCUCGCACUCUCUCCAAAGAGUCCAAGCUGUAUGGUAUGAAAGAUAGCGGCCCUCCCAACCCUCCCAAUGCUGUCCAAAGCAAGACUAACUCGCUCCUACCUCCCCCGCCCCCACCUAUUCCAUCAGCCAAAGGUAAGGGCAGUGGAGGAGUAAAGACUGCUAAGCUGUAUGCCUGGGUGGCCCUCCAGACUCUGCCAGAGGAAAUGGUCAUCAGCCCCUGUCUGCUGGACUUCCUGGAAAAAGCACUGGAGACCAUUCCCAUCACUCCAGUGGAAAGGAAUGGCACAGCUAUGGCUUCCCAGGAGGAGGACAUGGGUCAGUUUGAUACGGUGGAGCAGCUAGAGGAAUCCACCACCUCCCUGGUUUCCUCUUCCACAUCGGCGUACUCCUCCUUCCCAGUGGAUGUGGUUGUCUAUGUCAGAGUCCAGCCCUCUCAGAUCCGCUUCAGCUGCCUGCCGAUGUCCAGGGUGGAGUGUAUGCUCAAACUGCCCUCUUUAGACCUGGUCUUCUCUUCUAACCGUGGAGAACUGGAGACCCCGACAGGACCACAUCCCACUGAUGGAUCUCACCCGCCCUCCUCCACUCCACCAGGGCAACAUAUCCCCAAACCACCUCCCAGCAAAGCGUCUCCUUUGCUGGGGAGCCCUCUGGGCAGGAGCCGCCACAGCAGCAGCCAGUCCGACCUCACCGGCCCCCCCAGUACCUCCUCGGGCCUCAGCUUCACUGCUUGCAUGUCUGACUUCUCCCUCUACGUCUUCCACCCCUACGGCGCCGGAAAGCAGAAAUCUGCUGUCACAGGCCUGCCUCCGGGCCCAGGGCCGUUAGGUACAGUCGACGAGGAGCCAUCUUCAGUAACAGGAAGAAAAGACUCUCUGAGCAUCAACCUGGAGUUUGUGAAGGUCAGCUUAUCCAGGAUGAGGCGUAGUGGAGGCCCCACCUUCAUCGAAAGCUUCAUUCCUGCCAAAGGUGGCAAAAUGGACACCACCCUCAUCAACAUCUCAGCUGUGUGUGACAUUGGCUCGGCUUCCUUCAAGUACGACAUGAGACGACUGAGUGAGAUCCUGGCCUUCCCGAGAGCCUGGUAUCGUCGAAGUAUCGCCAGGCGCCUCUUCCUGGGAGACCAGACAAUCAACCUGCCAGCCUCUGGCCCUGCCACCCCCGACUCAGCUGAAAACGUCACCCAACAUCUGUCCCCCGAGUCCAGCCGGAAAGCCUACUGGAGGACCUGGGACGGCAGCACUGGGACGCAGCACAUGCCCCAGUCCCCCAACGUCUUUUCAGAGCACUCCGCUGGAAGCAACAUGUCCCCGGGUGGCCUGGGUCACCUCAAAUCCCCCGCACCCGGACGCACCAGGAGCGUGUCUGAUUCCUCUGCUCCGAGAAGAGAUUCGGUGACAAAAACAUCCACUCCUUCCUUCAGUAAGAAUGGUAAGGCAGCAGGUCAGCAGGGGGCGCCAUGGGAGACGCUGGUGGUGUUCGCCAUCAACUUGAAACAGCUCACCGUCCAAAUGAACAUGAGCAAUGUCAUGGGAAACAACACCUGGACGACCAGCGGGCUGAAGAGUCAGGGCCGACUGUCUGUGGGCAGCAACCGGGACCGGGAGAUCAGCAUGUCUGUGGGCCUCGGCCGCUCCAAGCUCGACUCCAAAGGCGGGGUGGUGGGUGGCAAUAUAGACGUGAACACCCUGGAGAUGGUCUCCCACAUCUCCGAACACCCCAACCAGCAACCCAGCCAUAAAAUCCAGAUCACAAUGGGGUCGACAGAGGCACGCGUUGACUACAUGGGCUCCAGCAUCCUGAUGGGAGUUUUCAGCAACGCUGACCUGCAGCUGCAGGACGAAUGGAAGGUCAACCUGUGCACCGUUGACACCAGCCUAUCGGAGAAAAGUGAGAUCUUCGUCCAUGGAGACUUGCAGUGGGAUAUUUUCCAGGUGAUCAUUUCACGCUCCACCACGCCAGACCUCAUCAAGAUUGGAAUGAAACUGCAGGAGUUUUUCACUCAACAAUUUGACACCAGCAAGCGGGCCCUUUCCACCUGGGGCCCUGGACCCUACAUACCCCCCAAAACCCCUGUCAUCAACACUGAGAAAGGAGCUGCAGAGCUUUACAUGGAUGCAGCCCAUCACCGGCACUGGCCCGGGGUGCUGAAGGUAAUCGCAGGCUGCCACAUCUCCCUCUUCCAGAUGCCUCUGCCUGAGGACGCCGUGCAGCUGGGCGGUUCAAUGAGCCUCCAUGGCAAUCACAUGACGCUGGCCUGCUUCCACGGGCCCAACUUCCGCUCCAAGUCGUGGGCUCUGUUCCACCUGGAAGAGCCCAACAUCGCCUUCUGGACUGAGGCACAGAAGAUCUGGGAGGACGGCUCCAAAGAUGAUUCUACCUACAUUGUUCAGACACUGGAUUUCCACCUUGGUCAUAACACCAUGGUGACCAAACCCUGCGGUGCCCUCGAGAGCCCCAUGGCCACUAUAACCAAAAUAACCCGCCGGCGGCAUGAAAACCCCCCACAUGGAGUCGCUACAGUCAAAGAAUGGUUCAACUACGUCACUGCCAUGAGGAAUGAAGAGUUGAACCUACUCAGGAACGUGGAAGCCAACAACCAAGAGAGCGGAGUGGCCGCCAAAAGCUCAAGUCUGCUGAGCAGCUUCCGCAGCUCCUCCAGCUACAACCAUGAAACUGAGACCAUCUUUGCUCUUCCCAGAAUGCAGCUGGACUUCAAGUCCAUCCAUGUACAAGAUCCUGAUGAACCUUCUCUAACGGACUCCAAUAGCAAACCCAAAGUGGAGUGCAGCGUGGUGACAGAAUUCACAGACCACAUCUGUGUCACCAUGGACGCUGAGCUCAUCAUGUUUCUUCAUGACCUGGUGUCUGCCUACCUGAAGGAGAAGGAGAAAGCCCUUUUCGCCCCGCGGAUGUUCGCCACUCGGCCGGGCCAGAAGAGCCCCACGGCCCUGCACGACGAAAGCUCCACGGACAAGGACAAGGACGACGGCAUCAACUACACCACGGUGGACUGGAGGGAGUUCAUGUGCAACACCUGGCACUUGGAGCCGACUCUCAGGCUCAUCUCCUGGACAGGACGUAAGAUCGACCCAGUGGGCGUGGACUACAUCUUGCAAAAGCUGGGUUUCCACCACGCCAGGACUACGAUUCCCAAGUGGCUGCAGAGGGGCGUGAUGGACCCUCUGGACAAGGUGUUGUCAGUGCUCAUCAAGAAGCUGGGCACCGCCCUGCAGGACGAGAAGGAUAAGAAAGGCAGAGACAAAGAGGAACACUGAGGAACACUCAUACCACUGUAAUCAAAGCUGUGCAGUAUUUCUCGACAGGUCACGAACACUGGAUUACUGUAUUACAAUGGCCACUACUGUACAAGAUUCUUGUCAAACAUACACAUCUUACCUGUGAAAUUCAGCAUAGUUGUUUACUGUGGUACAUGCCACUCGCGGCUCUGACUGAAGCAUUUUGCACCAAUGUUAUUCUCUGUAUAUUUUGAACAAAGUAGCAAAUGUUAGUAUUAUUUGACUGCUUUAAUGGUAAAACCCUGCCUCUUUUACCUGUUGUAAAUGACCUUACUGAAAUCGCUUGAAAGUUUAUUUUAAGGCUUAACAAUAUUUCAUGAGAAAUGAUUUCUUAAACCAUUGCCUUUUCUUUGUUUCCCAUGGAACACAUGGUAGAUAUGCUUUAUGUAUUUUAUAGCGUAGUUUUAAGAUAUUUAAGAACAGUUCAGUGACAGUGUUCUUGAUUUAUUUUAUUUUUCGAUGUGAACAAAUAAAUACGGGGAGGUUACGGCACAUCAUCCACUCAGCCAUGAGGAUGACAUGAACUUGUAAUUAUAAUUUGAAACGAGAUCACUAUUUAUGGGUAUGUGAAAUGCAAAGUCUAUACCAUGUAUUAGCUUGGUGUGUCAAGCUUAUUUUUGUCUUUUUUUAAUCCAUACAGUAGAACCAGUGUAUAUAAUUAAAUUUCUUAAAUGUGUUGAUUUCAUAACUUAAUAAAAAUAUUGCCAUUCAAUUUUA